AUGGCAACUUGCGACGGCAAUCAAGCAUCACCCCUUGAAGUGAUCAAAGAUAUAAAAAUGCGAGCUAUAGAUGCUAUAGGAAGCAUAAAAGACCCUGACCACACCGAGUCGCUAAGAGAGCUUGGAGUUGUCUCUGAAGAAGAAAUUCAAGUUGAAGAAAUAAGCGGAGGAUAUUCAGCUUUAAUCAGGUGGAAGCCCAACUGUUAUACAUGCCCUCAUGCAAGCAAUAUGGCAUUAUGUAUGAGAUAUAAAUUGCAAGAGGCUUUCAACAACAAUGAAAACAUAAAAAUUGAUAUUCUUCUCAAAGACGAUGGGCAUUCUACCAAAUAUGACAGUAAUUAUUAUGUAGUUGAUAAACAAGUUAAUGAUAAGGAAAGAGUGGCAGCUGCACUAGAAAAAAAAGAAGUCGUCGAUAUGAUUAAAGAAAGUACUUAA